UUCUUAUUGAUACUAUCUGGCAACACUGUUUAGACGAAAGAAGAGUAAAAACACGAAAAACUUCAAUGUUUAUGAGCUAAUUCAAUUAGCAUCGAAAUAUGCUAUAAGCAAGAAGGAGCGGAACCAGACCACACUGAAGCUUAUAUAGCCGGAAGAGAGCUCCAUUAGCACCGCACCCAACCAGUUUCCUGGCCUGGACGGACGAACGGAUGGCCAACAGGAACAUGCGUAACACCACUAAAGUGGAGGCUCUAAUCGAGAGCUGCCGUAGCGAGGGCAAGUGGCAGCGCGUCAUCGAGUUGACGGAUGAACUAAAGACGGGCUCGCCGCACAACGAAUGCCUGGCCAACUUUCUGGUGGGCGAGGCCCGGUUGGAGAAUUACUUAGAGGAGAACGCGCUGGUGGCCGCCGACUCAACAUUCGGGCGGGCCAAGUCUGGUUUGGGAGAGGCCCGGCGCUACCUUAACUUGGCGCUGGGCGAGAGCGGCCAGAAGGCAGGCAUCGCUCUGGACGCCUAUCUGCUGCUGGCCAAGCUAUGCUUCGCCUGCGGUGAGUAUGAGCAGAGCCUGGAGAACUUUGUAAAGGCGGAGCUGAACACUCUAGCCGAAAAGGAGCUGACCCUGCGGAGCCUCAAGAUCCUGGCCGAGUCGUAUGCAAUUAAGGGUCUGUGUCUGGAGCAGCAGACAUCGUCGAAGCCGUCAUCCAAGUUCAAGAAGGCGGAAAAAGACACUGAAAUGAUAAGCUGCUUCGAGCGCGCCUCCGAUCUGGGUUUGCUAUACCUGCAGGAAUAUGAUAUUGUGAGUGGCAACAGCUCCUCCAACAACUCAACGGCUGGUUCCACGCUUAACGUCAACGCCUCUAGUGUGCAGCCCUCCAGCAGCAGUUUCGCAAUCAGCAGCACCAUUCCGGCGAGCGGCCCCAGCGGCUUGGAGGUAAACCGGCGCAUGGGUGCCAUCCUCGAGACUGCUCUGCAGCGGGCGCCCAUUGUGUUGAUUAAAACCGAAAAGCUGCAGGAGGCUGUCGAACGAUAUCGUAUUAUGCUGAACGCCAUUGAGACGCGGGCGACCCAAUCACUACGCCUUACUCUCGCCCGUCAACUCGCCGAGGUUUUGCUAAGGGGAGUGUCUGGUACUAUUUAUGCCCCGCCCUUCGCAGGAAAGUCCGGAGGCGGGACGCUGCGCGGAGGAUCGUCAAAGAAGCUGUGGAAGCCGCGAAAGUACGCGGCCCGCCAACAAUUCAAUCCGCGCAAUCAGCAGGAGGAGGUCAUUCUGCUGUUGCUCAUAGCGGAGGCUCUAGCUGUCAGGGAUACAGUUCUUUCACAGAGUCCGGAGUUCAAGCAGGCUCGACAGCACGCCAUGGGCAAUGUGACGGCCGUCUACGAUCUCCUUACCUUGGCUACCGUACGCUGGGGCCUCGUCCAACUCCUAAACGAGUCCUUUGAGAAGGCGCUCAAGUUCAGCUUCGGAGAGCAGCACGUGUGGCGUCAAUACGGAUUGAGCCUGAUGGCCGCCGAGAAGCACUCGCAAGCCUUAAGAGUCCUGCAGGAGUCCAUGAAGCUGACCCCGAGCGACCCGCUACCCUGCUUGUUGGCCUCUCGUCUUUGCUACGAGAGCCUAGAGACGGUCAAGCAGGGCCUAGAUUACGCGCACCAGGCGCUCAAGCGGGAAGUGAAAGGUCUUCGGCCAUCGCGUAGCCAGCUCUUCGUGGGUAUUGGACACCAGCAACUGGCCAUUCAGUCGAAUUUGAAAAGCGAGCGCGAUGCUUGCCACAAGCUGGCCCUGGAGGCCCUUGAGCGGGCCGUGCAGCAAGAUGGUAACGAUCAUCUGGCCGAGUACUAUUUGUCGCUGCAGUACGCACUUCUGGGACAGCUUACUGAGGCGCUGGCUCACAUACGCUUUGCCUUGGCGCUGCGAAUGGAGCACGCUCCAUGCCUGCACUUGUUCGCCUUGCUGCUGACCGCAUCCAGGCGUCCGCGAGAGGCCUUGGGUGUGGUGGAUGAUGCCUUGCACGAGUUCCCCGACAACCUGCAGCUGCUGCACGUCAAAGCACACUUGCAGUUGCAUUUAGAGGAUGCGGAAACAGCGCUGGCCACAGUGCAGCACAUGUUGGCCGUGUGGAGGGACGUAUAUGAGGCGCAGCUAGCGGGUGAGGAGGAGAAGCAUUCCGACACCAAGAGCGGCGUUCAUCUGGCUCACUCGUCGCAGAUGUCCGACAAGGAUUCAAAUUCCGUGUAUGCCGCAUCCCUGGCAGCAGUUUCGCGCGUCGAACAAGCUCUGAGUGAAGCGGCCAGCUCUCUAAGCUCGUUCACCCAGCGUCCUGGACCACGACGACCUUGGAUGCUUCAGAUUGAGAUCUGGCUGCUUUUGGCUGAUGUGUAUAUGCGUAUUGAUCAGCCCAAUGAGGCACUCAACUGCAUACAUGAAGCUUCCCAGAUAUAUCCCCUCUCGCAUCAAAUUAUGUUUAUGCGCGGCCAGAUACAUGUAUACUUGGAGCAAUGGCUAGACGCCAAGCAAUGCUUCCUUAAUGCUGUCGCCGCUAAUCCCAAUCAUAUUGAAGCCUUGAGGGCUCUUGGCGAGACUCAUUUGAUCUUGGGGGAGCCCCGUCUGGCUGAGAAAAUGUUAAAGGAUGCAGCCAAGUUGGAUCCAAGUUGCCCAAAAAUUUGGUUUGCUUUGGGCAAAGUAAUGGAGAUCCUGGGUGAUUUCCAUGCAUCGGCCGACUGCUUUGCCACAUCGUUGCAGCUGGAGCCGUCGUGUCCGGUGCUUCCGUUUACCUCGAUACCGUUGGUUUUUGAAUAGAAGGCUUUUGAGCUGUUCCCCUUUUUGAUCCGUUUGCAGCCAGAUAUUCAACCUCAACUAACCUCACACAGUGAACAGCAAUAUUACUUAUUAUACAUUAAACUCUCCAUGUAUACCAUGUUAUUGUCGUAACUUUUGUUAUUAUUAUUUGUUGUGCAGUUGCAGUAUUAGAAUAACUCGCGGGUAUUGUAAAUUAUUAGGUAGAAAUGUUCAAGUUGGAUGUAUAUACAUAUAACAACAAUAUAGUAAAAAUGUGGAUCUUCCCCAAUCGUCCCAAAAAAGGAAAAACAACCUUUUCAAAUGUAAA